AAACAAGACAAUCAAAGUGUGCUAUCCACACGCACUUGCCCUACACCGCAGUCGUCGGGAUUUCUCCUCUAGAGAUCGAAAACGAAUUCCGAUCGAUCCUUGCGCCGGCGAUGGAGUUCCCGAAGGGGGAGCUGGAUCUCAGGGAGAUGCAGAGCCUCGAGGGGCACAACGACCGCGUGUGGAGCUUAGCGUGGAACCCGGCGUCGGGCGCCGCCGGAGUGCCGGCGAUGCUCGCUUCUUGUAGCGGCGAUAAGACCGCCAGGAUCUGGAAGCAGGGACCUUCCGGCUCCUUCGAUUGCAUGGUCCGAUCUGAACCCUUGCUAAUCGGCGCUGUCCUUGAAGAUGCACAUAUGCGGACUGUUCGUUCAUGUGCUUGGUCACCUUGUGGUAAAUUAUUGGCAACAACAAGUUUUGAUGCCACAACUGCGAUAUGGGAACAGAUUGGCUCUGAUUUUGAAUGUAUCUCUACGCUUGAGGGUCAUGAAAAUGAAGUCAAGAGUGUUUCAUGGAAUGCCUCUGGAUCCUUGGUUGCCACUUGCAGUAGAGAUAAAUCUGUUUGGAUUUGGGAAAUGCAGUCAGGGAAGGAGUUUGAGUGUGUUUCAGUAUUACAAGGUCACACACAGGAUGUCAAAAUGGUGCAGUGGCAUCCGCUUAUUGAUGUGCUGGUUUCUGUCAGUUAUGACAACACUAUUAAGGUGUGGGCGGAGGAUGGUGAUGAUGAUUGGCAUUGUGUGCAAACAAUAGAUGAAGCUUGCAGUGGUCAUUCAUCGACGGUUUGGGCAUUAUCUUUCAAUGAAAGUGGGGAUAAAAUGGUCACUUGCAGUGAUGAUCUUACGUUGAAGAUAUGGGAUACUAGUGGCACUCCAUCAGAAUCAAGUGAUGAUGCCCCUAGGUCAUGGAGACAUGUCUAUACUCUCUCUGGCUUUCAUGAUCGCACCAUAUUUUCUGUUAAUUGGUCAAGGGAGGGUGUGAUUGCAAGUGGAGCAGCUGAUGACGCUAUAUGCCUGUUUGUUGAGAGCAAAGAAAAGAUGGAUGAACCAUUUUACAGCUUGGUGAUGAAGAAGGAAAAAGCUCAUGCCAUGGAUAUAAAUUCAGUGCAGUGGAAUCCAAAGAAUCCUCGUAUUUUAGCUUCAGCAAGUGAUGAUGGGACCAUAAAAAUAUGGGAACUUGCAGAGAUAUCUGGAUGAUGCCAACUCAUGUUACAUAAUUUUGUUCUUGUUCUAACGUACCAAGAAGUCUUGUAGUUGAGCCAUUACUUAGAGCUUGCUUUGAAGACUCAAUUAAAAGAAGCUCAAUGGCGCAGAAUAUAUAAUUUAUUUUAAACAUUUUGUGCAAUUGUAUCCGGGGCUCUUGUAAACAUGUUUUGGUUUUUUUUCCUUGUUUCUCUUAAGCACCAAUAAAUUUUUAUGUUAAUAUUAAAUUGUUAUCGCAUUGGCA